AUGGCUCGCAAAAUUCCAUUCAAAGUAGUGUUUGCUUCAGACGAAGAUUCGGACUAUCCGGCGAGCGAAUUGAACAGCCACAACCCAACCGUGCACGGAUGGCGCUCGAAUGCCGACAGUUCCGUCAGUCCGAAAGAAAUCGUGCUGCGGUUCUUCCAUCCAGCACGCAUCGUAAGGAUACAGGUGCUGGCACAUCAGCAUUACAUUCCCGAACGCAUCGAACUAUGGAUACACUACUCGAGCAAAAGUGCUCCCAGUACGCCCUCCAGUCAAAGCUUCGAGUACAUGGGCUUUGUUGCAUUGUCGGACAAUGCCAGCACCAACUAUACCUCGCGAGAGCUGCAAAGUGUGUCCGUCGCACCAAAGGUUGGUUCCCACCUAAAGCUACGCCUCGGUCCCGCACAUCCGAAUCAAUUCAACAAGGAUAAUCAGGUAGCCCUGCUUGCAAUCAACAUACUGGGCGAGGAACUGUCUGCCGAAGAGUUGGCGGCAUCGCAGGGUAAUGUAACAUCCCUGCUGAAUGCGAUACCAACCAACAUCGACACAUUGAGCAGUACGCUAGCGUCGGCUUGUGACGAUCUGUCGUACUCCAUGUACGUGGAGGAGAGUAUCUGUGAGGUUGUCCGCAAGAUGGAGCAUCUGAAGGUGCAAGCGGUGCAAGAUGAACGCUUCGAGUAUGCACGAAAGUUGAAGCUAUGCAUGGGCGCACUUCGCACGGCCGGUGAACGACUUGGGCGUUACGCACUGGCCAAGAGACAGGCUGUACAGGCAGAAGAUUUUACCACCGCGCGGUUACGCAAGGAACAGAUCGAGAUGUACCGUAAGGCUGUGUUUGACCAGUUGCGAGUGGAGCUACUGCUGCGGAGUGAUAAGAGCGUCACGAGUAACGACUCCUGUUCGGAACUGUACGCAUCUAAGCCAACGUUGCCUUCACCGCCCAGCUUGCAGGAUGUGGCCAGUGCGUUAUCGGGCGACUCCACGUUACCCCAUGCACACCACCUUCACACACAGGUUGGACACGACGGCACGAAGCUUCCGACCGGUGAUGCGACGGAUUCUACCACCAGUAACUCCACGACUACUACUGCGUCCGCAUCGAGUGCCGGCGGCUCCACGGUGAAGCCGGACGGACGAAUAUCCCAGCAAAGUCUUACACGUCCGGAGGAGCUGGCGCAGAGCUCACCUCUGCUGAGUCACAAAGGACGCAGUCCGAUGCGGUCUCCAACAAAUACGGGAUCGUUGCGUCGACGGAACAAGAGUGCACCGCGUAACAGUUACGAAGAUUACGACGAACGAGCAAUUCCUACACUCAGUACACACACGAAUGACUUCCUGCGGGAAUGUCAAGGUACGGCCAUGAUCGAACAGGAGGGUGGAAAGAUUCGCUGUAAGCUAAAUGACCGUGAACGUCGCCAAGCAGCAUUACCAAUAUUGAUCUUCGGAAUGGAGCUAGUUGAAUUGAUCUACUCCCGUCAGUACACUGACCGCGAGGAGGGAUUGAUACGAUUGAGAGGUAUUUUGAAGCAAGAAAUCGAGCCAGAACCACAGAUUCAGGCGGCUCAGGCUGGUCCGAACAAGAUAUGCCGAGGAGCGACACUGCUGUUACACCGCGGUGUCCGGGAUGCGGUAUUUUCUGUGUUUAGUCAAGCCACUGAAACGGUGCGAAGUUUAUUUAUGGAGUUUGUUCCCAAUCGAGUAUCACCCAGUGAGGUAGCGCGAUCAGUCGAUCGGCUCUUACCGGAACUGCUGUCCAAGAGUGGCGAUCCGUCCGCGCGCGUUCACACACUAGCACAGCACACGAUCCUUAGCAUCGCGGCUUGUCCGGAGGUGCGCGAGCAACACCUCAUCGCACCGGCCCUAUCGCGUCCGGUAGGCAACGGGACACAUCCCCGUCUGGCGCUGAGUCGCAUGCAGAUGCUGGAGCAGCUCGUGCUGAGCCAGGGCAUUUCGAACGACAAACAGAGCGGCCUCGCCUGUCGAACGCUCUCGGAGGCCGGCUGCUCCGGCAUCCACCAUCCGGCCGAGUCGGUGCGAAAGGUCGCCGAGCGGGUGCUGCUGCUGGUGUACAAGGUGAACCCGCGGUUGGUACGCAAACAGCUCCCACCGGAUGAUGACAUCACGCGAAGGAAUCUACUCUACCGGCAGCUGUUCGCUGAGUUCGAUAAGAUCGACCUACAGCGCAAGAAGGAUAUGUUGGAGAACAAACAGUUCUGCGGACCAGUAUCGUUUGCCGGCAUCUGUUCGCCACCGAUGUCUAGCAGCUCGAAGAGUUCCCCACCGGUGGAGAUUCGCAACAAGAAUCGCUACGAUGGCCGCACAAUCGUCAGUUUCUCCGACACACAGACCGGUAGUUGGCAGUCUAGUUUCAGUUCCAUGAAAUUGCAGGAUACCCACUCGAGCCCGGUACGGCGGCUGGAUGCGACAACGGCUGGCAUUAUCAAGAGCAAAAGUGGACACGCCAUUGGACAUCACACCCCAUGGACAAUGGCAGAUGCACCCAUUACGAGUGCAACCGUAGACUUGGAAGGUGCUCGGGAUAGUAAUGGUAGUGCGUACUACGACAAACUGGGUUCGGUCGGUGGCCACUGCAAUGGGAAGGAUCGUCCAAAACUGUCCCAACACAAGACAGCCAUGUACGACAGUACGAUCGGAUUUCUGCCUGGUGCAACCGGUCCGGAGAAUGGAGCCGGGUCCCGCAAGAGCUCCAAUUCAGAUUCGUUCGAUGGCAUCGAGAGUGAGAUUCGAUGUCCAUUCUGUGAUUGGAUUUGCCAUGGAGAUCCCACCCAGCUGGAUAAGCAUUACUGGAAGGCGUGUCCCGUGCUGACCAAAUGUCCUCAGUGUAGCCAAAUUCUAGAAGUGGCGGCACUCUCCGGACAUUUGAUUCACGAAUGUGAGGCCAAAACCAGCUACUUGUCCUGUGAACGAUGCACGGAAUCGGUCCACAAGGAUCUCUACGAAUACCACCUGAUGGAGGACUUUUGCAGAGAGCUUACCACAGGAGCAGCCCGAUGUCCACUGUGCCACGAUGAUGUGCUACUUCCGUUGGACGGUGGCUGGAAGCGGCACCUACUCAGCCGUGCCGGAUGUCUCGGAAAUACCAGACGUCGAGCUCCAACUCAGUGA